AUGUACCGCGAACUCCUUCUGAAGAGAGCUAUGCUCGCCACACGAACGACAGCCGCCAGAAAACUCAGCUCAGCCGCUCAGGUCGGACCUCUCAAAACUCUCAUUCACAGCACCUCCGUACGGGCUGAAGCGUAUCCGCUGAUAGGGGCGGUCUUACUUGCCUGUUCCGGCGCCACAUUCAGCGUCCUGCCCAAGAUAGUGAUCUCUUUCGCUGGUUACCCCAACAUGGAGACCUCGAAUCUCAGCUUCCUCCAUAGCGAGCGCUUGCACAACCUGAGAAAACACUAUUACAACCAAGCUCCCGAGGCAGUCGUGCAAUGGGAGACGAUGAUACAUUGA